AUGACCUGCGAAGAGUGUCCCCCAGGAACAGUGACAUUAGCAACUGGGGCAACAAGUAACUCCAGCUGUGUGGAUGCAGAAAACGUUCUUUGUGCAAGCUGUCAAAAUGGAGCUACUUGCAGAAUAGUCCAGCAUACUUAUGUAUGUGACUGUCCUCUAGGUUACAGUGGAAGAGAAUGUGAACAGAUAACAGACAAUUGUUUGUCUGAACCUUGUUACAAUGGAGCAACCUGUACAUCCUCACUUGGGACCUACAACUGUACAUGUCCACAAGGUGUAACUGGUGACAGUUGUGAGGUAGAUGUAGAUGACUGCAGAAAUAAACCCUGUCAGAAUGGAGGAAUUUGUGUUGAUGAACUGAACGGCUACUCCUGUGUGUGUCUAUCAACCUUCUAUGGCAACAACUGUGAGUUAGAUAACUCGACCGAUGUGUGUGUAUCUUUGCCCUGUGACAAUGGUGGAACAUGUGUAUCUGUACACAACCUUUGGAGGAAAUGUCUCUGUCUGCCCGGAUUCCUGGGACAGGAUUGUCAAGUCAACAUUGAUGAAUGUUCAUCCUCCCCCUGUCUGAAUGGAGGACAGUGUGCUGAUGGCAACAACUCUUACACCUGUACUUGUGUCACAUAUAAGGGGAACAGGUGUGAAACGCCUAGAAUCACCUGUGAUAGCCUUACCUGUGGAAAUGCUGAUGAGUGUUAUGAUGACUAUAAGACAGGACUUCCUCAGUGUCUGUGUAAUCCUGGAUAUACUCAAGAGCAAGGACAGAGUGAUUGUUCGCUUGUGGACGUCUGCGCAUCAUCGCCCUGCCAGAGGGGAGGAACGUGUAUUAAUAUUCCUGGCGGACAAACCUGUCAGUGUCCCCCGGGGUAUGGAGGAUACCGCUGUCAACAUGACCUUGAUGACUGUGCUUCCACACCCUGUCUCAACAAUGGAACAUGCGAAGACAGAUUUAAUAACUAUACAUGUGACUGCCCCAUUGGAUUCACAGGUAGAGAUUGCUCCUCAGACAUAGAUGAGUGUUUGAGUAACCCCUGUCAUCCACCUGGAACAUAUUCCUGUAACAACACAUAUGGAGGCUUCAUCUGCAACUGCAACCAGGGCUAUUCCGGGCUCAACUGUUCAGUGUAUACAGACAAUGAUCCCUGCGUCACCAACCCUUGUCUUCAUGAAGGUGUCUGUAGAAGGUUGACAUCAGGAUUUAUAUGUGAGUGUGAGAAUGGAUGGACAGGCCAGCGUUGUGAAGUACUCGUCAAUUACUGUGUAAACAUUGCCAACCCUUGUCUCAACAAUGCCUCCUGUGUCAGUCUUCAAAAUGAUUUCAUCUGCAGAUGUCCGACUGGUACCUAUGGUCGUUACUGCGACCAGCUCCCUGACUUGUGCAGCCGUCUCAACCCUUGUCUAAACCUUGCAAAUUGUUCAGCUAAGGGAGAGAAUUUUACUGGAUGCAGUUGUGCUACAGGUUUCCUUGGUGAUGGUUGCCAGAUCAGGAAGAACUAUAAUUGUGACAACAGCCCUUGUCUUAAUGGUGCCACAUGCUCCUUGGAUCCUGGCAGUCAUCUCUCCUGUACUUGUGCACCAGGUUAUUAUGGAGAGUAUUGUCAGUUUGAUGUAAACGAGUGUGAAAAUGUCACCUGUCCAGGCCAAGGAGCAUGUAUAGAUGGGUUAAAUCGGUACUUUUGUCGUUGUCCUCUUGGCAAACUUCUUCCUGACUGUACAGAAGAUUUGACAGUUAUGUAUGACUUGUGUUUUGAGUCUCCCUGGAGAACAGCAAGUGCCUCUCUGCCUUUCAGUAUACCAGUAAACAACCAGUUCCUGUCUCUCAGUUUUUGGGUAAAAUUCUCAGCAAAAACUGGAACAGGAACUUUCUUGUCCGUGUUUGAACAAAGCAACCCCGAUUUCGCCUCUGGACGGGAACUACUAUUCAGUUUUUCCCAGGACGGUUUCCUCGUCUCACCUGAUGGUACCGUAGAUAAAGAAAACUUCGGGACUUACUCUGUAAACAAUGGACAGUGGCACCUAAUUGUGAUGACAUGGGACACUACCAUUGGAGAGUUAGAAGUCAGGGUUAACACUGUACGUGUAUUUCACCUGACAAAUUAUCAUCAAGGAAGGCUUCUUGAUAAGUUUUACUGGAUAACGUUGGGAAAUGAAUUUUCUCCAGCUAACAUGACGUCUGUGCCAGUAGGAGGUUUCCUGGGCUGCAUUUCUCAGGUGAACAUAUUCAGUUAUAUACUAGACACUAAUGUGGAGGUUCCAAGUCUGAUGAUAAAUCCCUUCACUGUUGGAGGACGUGGUGAUGUCCUACAGUGGAACGAGUUUGAACUGCAUGGCCUUGUCAGUAGAAUCAGACCAAGCACGGUAAUGGACCCCGUCUGUGACGACUGCUCUUCUCCAGACAGGACCAUUCCUACCCUCACCUGUCCAAAAGAUGUGUACCUUGUAUCCACUCACCCAUACAGCCCUGUAUCAUGGAGUCUUCUCCAACAUGAGGAAGGACUCGUUGUAAAGACAAACAUGACAUCAGGUACCGCCCUUUCCAUAGGCAGACACACUGUGGUGUACUCGGCAUCAGAUGUGAACAACAAUACUGCGGUGUGCUCAUUCAGGAUCUACAUCAAGGAAAACAACUGUGAGUUUCCUGACUUGUUUGGAGGUGUUGAGAAGACCUGUCAGACUGGUGGUGAUGGUAAUCGUUACACUGGAUGUUCCCUGUCUUGUCCCUCUUCUGGAUACACUCUUAGUCGGGUCACACCCCUCUCCUACACGUGUGGACCUCUAGGGUGGUGGGAAACAGGAGUAGACCAGAAGUGUGCCCCGAUUUACCCCACAUGUGGAAAUAUCACCUCAACGGCCACAGUGAAUGUGAAAGUGAGGCUGGUGUACCCCGCCACCCUGACAGCAUGUGACCAGGUCAAGGAUACCUUGGAAAUGUACACACGGGAACAUAUAAAUACUUUAGACACGGAGUGGGGCAGCAAGUUAUGUAGCCAGGAAGAUUGUGAGGAUGUUGUUCUAAGUGUUAACUGUAGCUCAGCAACACCUGUAGUGGAGUUUAUCAUUAACAACGUAGGGCUGAAGUUGAUAGGAGUAGAUGGAGAGUCCAAGAGUCCGGAGCAAAUUUUUACACAGGCACUUCUUGAUCAGAACAGAUUCCACUUUAAGGAGAUGAUCCCUAAUGCUGAUCCAGUGAUAAUCCUUUCUGCUGUCGAGUCCUCCUUAAUAUGUCCUGAUGGAUAUCUACUUAUGGGAACUGACUGUGUUACAUGUGGAUUUGGAACGUAUCUAAAUUUGACCACCAACUUGUGUGACUACUGUGCUAAAGGAUUCUAUUAUGUUAGCGAAGGAAACACUUCCUGCCGAGCAUGCCCAGAAGGGACAACAACUGAGUGUCCAGCAGCAGUGUCCCUUGCCCAGUGUCAUGUUGUUUGUGAGAAUGGAUCAUUCUUCAAUCUGACCACUCAGACCUGUGAGAUUUGUCCCAUGGGUACAUACCAAGACCAAAGUGGACAGUUUGAAUGUCUUGCCUGUCCAUAUAAUCAAACAACUAUUCAGAAUGGAACAACGGAUGUCAAAUUUUGCUUUGAUGAUUGCCCCUCUGGGUUUGAGGUGGAUCUCCAGGGUUCAUGCAGUGAGUGUGUGGUAGGGACAUUUCGUGUGAAGGGAGAUGGACUUUUAUGUGUUCCUUGUCCUCCUGGGUUUACAACACCAAGCACUGGCUCGCACAGUAUUCUGAACUGUACCACAGUUAUAUGUUCUCCUGGGUACAGAGCAGAUAGUACAAACACCCACUGUGAACGAUGUCCAAUUGGGCAUUAUCAGCCAGAUUGGAACCAAUUAGAUUGUCUCCCCUGUCCAGAAAACACAACCACCCGGCUGGAUGCAGCUGACAACCAGACGCUGUGUGAAGAUUUCUGUCUGUCUGGGUAUGAGCGUGUAGGUCUGGAGUGUGUUCCCUGUCCAGUAGGACAAUACAAAAACAAUAGUUAUGGAAUGUUGGAAAGUUGUGUUACUUGUCCACGUGGGUAUGUCACACCAUUGGUUGCCUCCACGUCUUCAACAAACUGCAGCAUUUAUAACUGUACAGAAGGAUCAAAGAUCAAUUAUAACAAUACUGGGUGUGAGCUGUGUCCUUUAGGAGAAUACCAGCCUCAGAAAUAUCAAACCGAUUGUCUCCCUUGUGCUAAUGGCUCUAGUACACGACAAGUGGGAGCGACAGUGUGUGAAGUGAUCUGUCCAUCAGGCCAGCAGCUAAAGGAUGGCCAGUGUGAACCUUGUCCUGUAGGUUAUUACAGAAACAAUACUGGAGAUCUGUUUGGGGACUGCCAGUUAUGUCCUGUUGACUUCAUCACUGAUCAUCAGGGAGCUACCUCUGUAGACAUGUGCAUUAUUGGGAACUGUACAUCUGGUCAAUACUUGCUGAACACCACCCUGAAUUGUACAGACUGUCCAGUUGGAACAUACCAACCACAAAAGUGGCAGACAGCAUGUAUCUCCUGUCCCAAUGACACCACAACACAGGGAGAAGGGGCGUCUCAACGAUCACAAUGUUUCUUGUAUUGUGAUGCAGGCUAUGAAGGAGUAAAUACAACAUGUGACCCCUGCCCUGUUGGGUACUAUAAGUCAAUGGCAGGUGCUUUACCCUGCUUAGCCUGUCCCUCAGGCAACAGAACUCUGGACACAGGGGCUACGAACAAGUCACAAUGUCAUGUUGCUGCCUGUGAGCCUGGUACCUACUUACAGAACAAUACAUGUAAACUGUGUCCCUAUGGUCAGUACCAGAGGGACAAAUGGCAAGAUGAUUGUGUCCCUUGUCCCCCUGAGACCACAACAUACCACCUGGGGGCUGCAAACCUCUCGAGUUGUGUCAAAGACUGUGAGGGUGGGUUUGAGUACAGUUCCACCACUGGUCAGUGUGAGAUGUGUGACCAGGGCUACUACAGAGACAGGAGUGACCCUACACAGGCCCAGUGUCAGCCCUGCCCCCUACAGACAAUAACCAGCCCUGGGCAAAUCAGCACAAGUAUCAUCUUCUGUUUUAUUGCCAACUGUACUGUUCCUGGAGAGUACCGUAACCCGGAUGAGAACCUGUGUCAGCCGUGUCCGAGGGGUCAGUACCAAGACCAGAAAUGGCAGGAUUCUUGUGAGCAGUGUCCGGAGAACUAUACAACUUUCAGUGUAGGAGCAGUAUCCAGGGACCAGUGUCAUAUGGCCUGUGACUCUGGGUAUGAAGAGGUCAAUGCCACAUGUGUCGCUUGUGCUGUGGGUACCUUCAGAAACCAACAGGACACUCAGUGGUGUAGGAACUGUUCUGUUGGCUGGACAACAACUUCUACAGCAACCACAGAAGCUGACCAGUGUGUUCCAAACUGCACACGUGGCCAAUACUAUUCAGAGGUAAAUGGACAGUGUGAGCUUUGUGACCGUGGAACGUACCAGAUGGAGCUGUAUCAGCGACAGUGUUCACCAUGUGGACAGGGGACAGACACCAGGACAGAUGGUGCCACAGCUAGGGACGAAUGUUUGUCUCUGUGUCACAAUCUUAUUCACAACUGCUCCGAGCAUGCACAUUGUGAGGUAAAUGGAAACAGAUCCACAUGUACCUGUAAGCUUGGUUACCUUGGUGAUGGAUAUCAUUGUCAACAUCGGUGUAACACUUCUGACUACUGUUUUAAUGGAGGGACAUGUGUCUUGGAUGUCACCCAAAGUAUCGGUUGUCAAUGCCAUUUCAAGUAUACUGGGGACAGGUGUCAGUACCGCAAAGAUGUGGAAUCCAUUGUCCCACAGACAUGGACCAUCAUCGUGGGCUCUGUGGUCGGCAGUGUUGCUUUCCUUUCUAUCUUCAUCAUUGUUAGUGUACUUCUUGGUGUCACUUACAGACAUCACAAAGCAUACAAGAUGAAGAACGCUAUCAAUUCUUUGAAAAAGAAAAAAAUGUCUCGGCCGUUUGUCACAAGAGCAAGUUUAAGUGAUUAUGGCAGUCCUACAGAACCACCAUUCCGUUUACCUGACUCCAGUGUGCAGAAGACAAACAGCUUCAAUUGGAGUCCAGUGGAAGAAGGGAAACUAAAGGACGUUAAUCAUAUAGAUAUGGGUAAUGGGAUGGAUGAUUCCAUCUAUCAGCCGCCGAGAGAGGAACCAUGA